AUGCCGGGGAAACACUUCUGUUUGUGUCUUCCUCACAAGACCAAUCACGUCUUGGAGCUAGGGCAAGAAGAGCUCGGAGCAUUCGACCAAGGCCACGAACAGCCUGUAAGGUACCCAGCAGUCGAACGCACCACCCAAUCAACCAGCCAGGGCAUGGGAGACCAACUUGCUCCAGUGCUCCCUCGACCCACGGACCGAACCAACGCAACCGACCCCUCUCCGCACCAAGAUUCGGGCCCGACUACCUUGGACCUGACCCACGCCCUUGGAGUUACACCUACGUCACAACCGACCCAACCGGAGGACGUCCAGAACUCCGCACGACCGACCGGAAAACGCAAGCACGACCAACUUGUACCCACUUCUGGUGCCGCCCUUGGACCUACCGACAUCCUUGACCCAAGCAACACAACCGCACCCAAACCGACCAACCUCGCCGCUGCUGAUGUCACUGUUCCGGAAGCUGCCAACAACGCCGCUGCUGACGUCACUGCUCCGGACGCUGCCGACAACACCGUUGCUGCCAACACUGUUCUGCACACUGCCGCCAACCGCACUGCUGCCGUCACCGUCCCGACGCUGCUUCCAACCCUGCUGCUGACGUCACUGUUCCGGACUCUGCCGCUGCGGACGCUGAUCCGAAAGCACCGCCAGCAAGACAGCCCCGACUUACCGAAGACCAGACAACACCAGCCGCACCCAAAGGACCAAGCGGAUCCAGACCGACCCACUUUAACCGACGCAUGGACCCGACCAACGCCCCAAUCACCCUCAAAUCCGGCGACCCAGACACCGUCAGGUACCGCUUUGAGGACGCUCUUCGUCCGCAGUACUGGUUUAUCAUGCUCUGGGCGAUCGCCGCUUACCGAGAUAACCCGAAAUACCUUGACCCAAAAGACCCCGAUUAUACAGACAAACGCAACAAACUCACUAGUCUCCUUCACGAGAUCCUCUCAGACCCACACCUACAAGAAUCAGCUCAAUCUUUCUCUUUCCUAGGAAAA